GUGGGACCUCGCUUCAACCGGCUUUGUGGUUUUCUUUCUUACUCAGACGUUUUUUCAUCUCACCUACCAGCUCUGUCCUCUACUGAUGAUACUCGUCUCUGAACACUGAUUUCAACCCCAUUUAUUCACCAAACCGAUCAUAUGUACAUAGAAGAAUACAUUGAAGAAGAUGAAGAACCACCUUUGCUGCUCAGCUCUUGUCCUUCUCACGGUGUUUGGCUGUGGUGGGACUGCAGCCGUGCGGUGUCGGUGGGGAGAAGGAUGUGUGUGUCUGCAAUGCCCUGCUGGCCAAGGGCCUACAAAGGCUUGUGAGCAGAUCCAAAGUCCGGCAGAGGAAGUAAAGUGCCGAUCAUGCCCGCCUGAAAGCUUUUCAGACGCACUUGACUCUGAAGUUUGUCAGCCACACACCUCCUGUAAGAUCCUUGGUCGUAAAGUUUCCAACCCCGGCACUGCGACCUCUGAUGCUGUCUGUGGAGACUGUUUGCCUGGGUUUCAAACCACCUCCACAGGGGAAGUUUCCACCCAAAGCCCCUGUGUGAAAACAUCUCUGCAUGUCAGAACAAUCCGCACAGUGGGUAAAGGUCCGUCAAGCAGUGCAGGAGGGCCUGUCAAUGGCACAGUGGUGCGCAGCGCUGAGGAGAAGUCAGCAGAAUAUGCUGUGUUUGCUUUGGUGCCAAUCUUCUGUGUGAUGGGCCUGUUGGGUAUCCUCAUCUGCAAUAUACUGAAAAAGAAGGGAUACCGCUGCUCUGCUGACAAGGAGGGCGGUGAUGAAGAGACUCCAACACCACAGAAAGAAGGUAACAGUUGUCCCUACAUUUCUGACGACUUAAAUGAAGACACCAUCAGUGUGCUGGUUCGCCUCAUUACUGAGAAGAAAGAAAAUGCUGCUGCACUGGAGGAACUGCUGCUGGAGUAUGAGAGCAAAGAAAUGGCCAUGAGCAAAGGCUCGUCAAUCAAGUUCCCAAUGCUGUCCCCUCUCGCCACUUUCCGCUCCCUCCCCAGACUCUGCCCCCAUCAGUCCCACCUACACACCAUCUCUGGCCUCUCUGGCCUGGCCCCCAAACACGGCUACCGCUGCACCCGCUGCGCCCAAAGAAAAUGGCCCCCAGUUCUCAUACCUCCCCUGGAUUCCCUCAAAGAUCCUCUGAAGCCCCCUCAGACCCUCAUCCUGCCCUCCCUGGACACCUCAACCGACCAGCAGAAGAGACCGCUGCUGGGUGGGGUGUUCUUGGACACCCACCACACACAAGCUGCUGUGCCAAAUACCGUUCAGGACAACGUGGAAAAGAGUGAAGUGAAGGAGAAGAAGGAGGGAGAGCUGACUGUGAUGAACGUGGGGAGAUUUCAAGUGGCUCAGAUCCCGGAGUACAAGCCAGCCCCUGUUGAAACCAAGAGAUCCUCCCAGGAGCAACGACACUCCCUGUUUGGAGGGAAAUCCUUCACCUCCACAUUUUCUGCCAUCAGGAGAUGAACAGACAGAGAUGGCGUAAGAUAUCUCUACCUCGCUGAAGAUGACCUCAUCAUUUGCUGAUGUCUCAAAACCAGCAUGGAGAGUGUUUCUGGACGGCUGAUACUAAACUACAAGAG